UCGACGUGGUUCUGGUUCUUGUUUUUAGAAAAACUUGGAACAUAACGGGAAACAGUAAAAUUUAAAGCCAAAUACUGUUAAAGAUUUAACAGAACUUGUAGCUUGAUAUUAGAGAUUUCUGCUUGUCAUUCGACUGGAUUGAAUUGAGCUGAGGGCUCCGCUUUUCAACACAAAAUAGCGAUCGGUUCAAUACAUUUGAAGUGGUGCUUCGAAGCCGCUUUGUGUACAGGUUUUCCGGACAAAGGCUCGGCCGGAGUUGGCAGUGGCACUGACCGUGAUCCGGAGGCGGUCGGCAGUGAGCCGCUACUCGUGGCGCAAGACAGUCGCGAUGUUGCUAGCGGCAGCUUCGGUCGCCGCGGCCUACUUGGCCACUUCGCUCUACUUCGGAAUAUUCAACACUUUCCUCGUCUCGCUAACCCUUCUCUUACUCUACGGGAUCAUAUUCCAUCCGAGAUGGGUUUAUGUGGCUGCCAAAACUGCACCCAGAGAUAUAAGGGCUGUUGGUUGCUACAUAAAGAUACUAUGGCUGACUCGGCAACUCACAAAGAAGAACUGGACGAUGCCGGACAUAUUUCACGAUACUGUGAAGAGACAUCCAGACAAACCCUGCUUCCUGUUCCACGAUGAAGUUUGGACAUUUAAACAGGUGGAAGACUUCAGCUUGCGCGUCACGGCCGUGCUGAAGGCGCAAGGCUACAAGAAGGGUUCAGUCGUGGGCCUCCUAGUCAACAACUCGCCCCAGCUCCCCGCGCUGUGGUUGGGCAACGCUCGGCUCGGUCACGUGACGCCGCUGAUUAACACCAAUCAGAGGGGCAGCGCGCUAAUCCACUCGAUCAACGUGGCUAAAUGCGAUGUCGUCAUUUAUUCCGACGAGUUUCAGUCAGCAAUCCAAGAUAUAGCAAAAGAUCUAAGUCCUUCAGUAAAGCUAUUCAAGUUCAGCCACCGUCCGCUGAACCCUGGCUCCAAGGCGGGUGGAGGAGUGGGAGACCAGGUCGAGGACUUCACCAGUCUCCUGGAGAAGACUGCGCCAGCUCCCUGGACCCUCGCCGACGGUGAGGGGUUCCACGGGAAACUGAUGUACAUUUACACUUCGGGAACCACUGGUUUGCCCAAAGCUGCUGUCAUAUCUAGCUCUAGGAUGGUAUUCAUGGCAUCCGGCAUCCACUACCUUGGCGGGCUCAACUCGUCAGACGUUGUCUACUGCCCGCUGCCUCUGUACCACACGGCUGGCGGAAUCAUCAGCGUCGGGCAGGCCUUCAUAUUCGGGUGUACUGUCGCGCUGAAACCCAAGUUCUCGGCUUCUCAGUACUUCCCCGAUUGCAUCAAGUAUAAGGCUACGGUGGCACACUACAUAGGUGAGAUGUGUCGGUACGUGCUGGCCACGCCGCCCUCGCCCGCCGACACGCAGCACUCGGUGCGAGUCGUCUACGGAAACGGGAUGAGGCCACAGAUCUGGAACGAAUUCGUGAAGAGAUUCAACAUUCAACACGUUGCUGAGUUCUACGGAGCCACAGAAGGAAAUGCUAACAUCGUGAACAUCGACGGCAAGCCGGGCGCCAUCGGCUUCGUGUCCCGCAUCAUCCCGCAGGUGUACCCCAUCGCCAUCAUCAAGGUGGACCAGCAGGGCGAGCCGGUGCGCGACUCACAAGGACUGUGUCAGCUAGCGGAAGCAGAAGAACCCGGCGUGUUCAUCGGCAAGAUCUCGCCCAACAACCCGGCGCGGGCCUUCCUUGGCUACGUGGACAAGGCCGCCUCGGAGAAGAAACUCGUGCGCGACGUGUUCAAGCAUGGAGACUCCGCUUUUAUUUCAGGCGACAUCAUAGUGUCCGACGAGUUCGGCUACUUAUACUUCAAGGACCGCACCGGAGACACGUUCCGGUGGCGCGGCGAGAACGUGAGCACCACGGAGGUGGAGGCGGCCGUGUCCCGCCAGGCCGCGCACCGCGACGCCGCCGUCUAUGGCGUGCUGGUGCCGAACACGGAGGGUCGAGCAGGCAUGUGCGGGAUAGUGGACGAAGACAACAGUCUAGACCUGGACAAACUCGCCUCUGACCUGGCCAAGGACCUGCCAGCGUACGCCAGACCCAUCUUCCUGAGGGUCAUGCCUAAACUGGACAUGACUGGCACAUUCAAGAUGAAGAAAACGGACCUACAGAAAGAAGGCUUCGAUCCCAACAUUGUCAAAGACAAGCUGUACUAUCUAGACGCAAAACUCAACAGAUAUCUGCCGCUCGGCCCACAGGAAUACGAAAAGAUAAACAACGGACAAAUACGACUGUGAUCUGAGUAAUGUAAAACUAUAAUUAUAUACUUAAAUUAAAUAUUGAAGUGGGUAAAUAUGUCGUAGACAUUUUUUGUUUUGAGUUAGUCACUUGUUACUCAAUGGCACAUUUGAAUAAAUGCUGCAAGUCUUUGGAUUUGAGUGUUUAUUAACGAAUAGACGACAUGUUUGCGCGCUAUAUUGCUACGUUUCGUUGUAAUAAAGUAGGAUGUUAACAAAUGAAUUCCAAAUGAAAAAGGUAGGUAUGUUUCAUAUAACUCACUGUCUCUCACUGACAACCCCAUAUAUUUACUACCAUCGGAGUAAGUUAUGUGUUAGACAUUUUUAGGAGAUACUAUACUUAUUAGUAGGUAUUUGUAUGUUAAUAUUUAAUAUAAGUAUGAAUUGCCUCAGUUUAGUAAUUUUCAU